ACCCGGCCCGUCCGCCCGCCUCGUCUUCCCCGCCCCGCCAGGCCGCGGCUCCGGCGGCACCGGCAGCAGCAGCGGCGGCGCCUCCUUCACGACCGCGGCCCGGCCCCGAGUGCGGCGCAGCCCCCGCAUGAGCCCAGGCGGCAGUGACGGCGGGAGCGCCCGGGAGCAGCAGCCGAGGUACCCAGAGUGGUGAAGAAUUAGGAGGAGCUGCAGUUGUUCUGCUGAGUGGAACUAAAUGGGUGGCUUCCUUCUGGACCCUCACUUCACUGUCUUAGGUACAAGAACUGUAGAAGUCCAUUUUAGAAUUUGAAAGAACAAGAUUCUGCAGCUCUGGAAAGAUAUGCCAUGGAAGUAAUCAGCUGGGGUGGUCCCAGGGCGCUCUGGGCACGAGUAUUGCUGAGUGAUCAUUGGCUGCCACCUGCGUGACAAAGUAAAGGACCAACCCUUCAAUUUAUACCAGUGGAGCCAGAUCACGGGAAACAAUUGACAGAAUUGUUAAGCUUAUGCUUAGCCCAUCGUGAUACAGGACUGGUGCGACAACUUGGUUUAGAUCAGUGACUCAAAAUUGUGAUCACCCUGAUGUCACCGAAUGGCCACAGCUUGUAAAAGAUUUUAAGCAUGAUGAAAGGACGUCUUGCCGUACUAUAUAGUUGUUUUUCAAUACUGUUGCCUGCUCACAGGAAAUAACAAGAUCACCAGGAGAACCGCACUCUGAGAACAUUGAAACUAGCCGAAUGAAGCGAGCAGCUGCAAAGCAUCUAAUAGAGCGCUACUACCACCAGUUAACCGAGGGCUGUGGAAAUGAAGCCUGCACGAAUGAAUUUUGUGCUUCCUGUCCAACUUUUCUCCGUAUGGAUAACAAUGCAGCAGCCAUUAAGGCCCUCGAGCUUUAUAAGAUUAAUGCAAAACUCUGUGAUCCUCAUCCCUCCAAGAAAGGAACGAGCUCAGCUUACCUAGAAAACAAUUCCAAAGGUGCCCAUAACAAUUCCUGCACUGACAGAAAAAUGAACAAGAAGGAAAUGCAAGGCCCAAGAGAUGACUUUAAAGAUGUGACUUUCCUAACAGAAGACAAGAUAUAUGAAAUUCUUGAACUAUGUCGAGAAAAAGAGGAUUAUUCCCCUUUAAUCCGGGUGAUUGGGAGAGUGUUUUCUAGUGCUGAAGCACUGGUGCAGAGUUUCCGAAAAACCAAGCAGCACACCAAGGAGGAGCUCAAGUCUCUUCAAGGAAAGGAUGAAGACAAAGAUGAAGAUGAAAAGGAAAAAGCUGCCUGUUCAGCUGCUGCUAUGGAAGAGGAUUCUGGUGCAUCAUCAUCUUCGUCAUCAAGAAUAGGUGAUAACACACAGGGAGAUAAUAACCUCCAAAAACUAGGCCCAGAUGAAGUGUCUGUAGAUAUUGAAGCAGUCAGACGGGUCUAUGAUAGGUUACUUUCUAAUGAAAAAAUAGAAACUGCCUUUUUAAAUGCACUUGUGUACUUGUCACCUAAUGUGGAAUGUGACUUGACUUACCAUAAUGUGUACUCUCGGGAUCCUAACUAUCUGAAUUUGUUUAUUAUCGUUAUGGAGAAUGGCAAUCUUCAUAGCCCAGAAUAUCUGGAAAUGGCCCUACCGUUGUUUUGCAAAGCAAUGAGCAAACUACCCCUUGCAGCUCAAGCAAAACUGGUCAGAUUGUGGUCUAAGUACAGAGCAGAUCAAAUUCGGAGAAUGAUGGAAACAUUUCAGCAGCUUAUUACUUACAAAGUCAUAAGCAACGAGUUCAAUAGUCGUAACCUAGUGAAUGAUGAUGAUGCUGUUGUCGCUGCUUCAAAGUGCUUGAAAAUGGUUUACUAUGCAAAUGUAGUAGGAGGGGAUGUGGAUACAGAUCAUAACGAAGAGGAAGAUGAAGAACCCAUCCCAGAAUCAAGUGAACUAACUCUUCAAGAGCUGUUGGGUGAGGAAAGAAGAAAUAAAAAAGGUCCUCGAGUAGACCCACUGGAAACUGAACUUGGUGUUAAAACUAUAGAUUGCAGAAAACCACUUAUCCCUUUUGAAGAAUUUAUUAAUGAACCACUGAAUGAUGUUCUAGAAAUGGACAAAGACUACACUUUCUUCAAAGUAGAAACAGAGAAUAAAUUCUCAUUUAUGACCUGUCCCUUCAUAUUGAAUGCUGUUACCAAGAACCUGGGAUUGUAUUAUGACAAUAGGAUCCGGAUGUACAGUGAAAGACGCAUAACUGUGCUCUACAGCUUAGUUCAAGGGCAGCAGCUCAACCCCUAUUUGCGGCUGAAAGUGAGGCGUGAUCACAUCAUCGAUGAUGCACUUGUCCGGCUAGAGAUGAUUGCCAUGGAAAAUCCUGCAGACUUGAAGAAGCAAUUGUAUGUUGAAUUUGAAGGAGAGCAAGGGGUAGAUGAAGGAGGUGUUUCCAAAGAAUUUUUUCAACUGGUUGUGGAAGAAAUCUUCAAUCCAGAUAUCGGGAUGUUCACAUAUGAUGAGUCUACAAAACUGUUCUGGUUUAAUCCGUCCUCUUUUGAAACUGAGGGUCAGUUUACCCUGAUUGGCAUAGUACUGGGACUGGCUAUUUACAACAAUUGUAUCCUGGAUGUACAUUUCCCCAUGGUUGUCUACAGGAAGCUAAUGGGCAAAAAAGGAACUUUCCGUGAUCUGGCAGACUCUCAUCCUGUUCUGUAUCAGAGUUUGAGAGACUUACUGGAGUAUGAAGGAAGCGUGGAAGAUGAUAUGAUGAUAACGUUUCAAAUAUCUCACACGGACCUCUUUGGCAAUCCAAUGAUGCAUGAUUUAAAGGAAAACGGUGAUAAAAUUCCUAUUACAAAUGAAAACAGAAAGGAAUUUGUCAAUCUGUAUGCUGACUAUAUACUCAAUAAAUCAGUAGAAAAGCAGUUCAAAGCCUUUCGGAGAGGAUUCCACAUGGUGACCAAUGAAUCUCCUUUGAAGUAUUUAUUUAGACCAGAGGAAAUUGAAUUGCUUAUUUGUGGAAGUAGGAAUUUAGAUUUUCAAGCACUAGAAGAAACUACAGAAUAUGAUGGUGGCUAUACAAGAGACUCUCUUAUUAUUAGGGAAUUCUGGGAAAUAGUCCAUUCAUUUACAGAUGAACAGAAAAGACUAUUCUUACAGUUUACAACAGGCACAGACAGAGCCCCUGUGGGAGGACUUGGAAAGUUAAAGAUGAUCAUAGCCAAAAAUGGCCCAGAUACAGAGAGGUUACCUACAUCUCACACAUGCUUUAAUGUACUUUUGCUUCCGGAGUACUCAAGCAAAGAAAAGCUUAAAGAAAGAUUAUUGAAGGCCAUCACAUAUGCCAAAGGAUUUGGCAUGCUGUAAUAAGUAUAACAAAAGGGAUUAAAAAAUGAUGGUGAUGAUGUCCCUGUCCAAAAAGGCCAUAAGAUAGUGAGCUACAGUAGUCACCUGUGUUUGUGCCUCCCUUCUUUACUGGGGACAUUGGGCUGGAACAGCAGAUUUCAGCUGCUUAUAUGAACAAAAUCUUUAUUUUUUCUUUUAGCGUGAAAGUGUUACAUAUUCUUUCACUUGUAUGUACAGAGAGGUUUUCCUGAAUAUUUAUUUUAAGGGUUAAAUCACUUUUGCUUGUGUUUAUUACUGCUUGAAGUUGAGCCUUUUUGAGUAUUUACAAGAAAACAAACUGUACUCUCCCAAGGAAAAUAUUGCCAUCAUUUGUAGACCAUGUAACCUUCAAGUAUGUGCUAUAUUUUUGUCCCUGUAUCUAAUCAAAUCAAGAACUGUACUUUUUGAAGAGUUUGCUUUUGAAACUUGAAGUCUUGAAAAACAGUGUGAUGCAAUUACUGCUGUUCUAGCCCCCAAAGAGUUUCUGUGCAAAAUCUUAAGAAUCAAUAAAGAUGGAAGGGAGAACUUGGAAUGUUAAAUUGCAGCCUUGAGAACUUUACUUUAGUCACAGCACAACAAUUAAAAUUCAUUUCACUAUAUGUUGUCUUCACAUGUCUUGUAAUAAACUGUGUUUUUAAUUAGGAAACAUUUCUUAGCAUAUGAAAGGGUAGAAAUUUUAGUUACUUUUUUAAAAAAAUAAGUUUACUGGGGAAAGUGCAUUUUCAACUGAACAGCUUUAGAGUAGGGAGUGAAGUGUCUGGAAAAAAGAUAGGAAGUUUUUGCUAUAUUAUAAACAAAGCAUGUGGAAGUGCACUUAAAAUGAAGUUCUAUUCUUAAUUGCCUAUCAUGUUGACAUUUAAAAUAGACAAUCCAAAGUCUUCCCUACGUGUUAUGUCAUCAUCAUUUAAUGAAUCAUUUUUCCUACCUAUCAAGGCACAUGAUCAGUGUUGCACCAUAGUCUAAAGGGAUGGCUACUGUGUUUUAAUCUCAUCUAACAAUAAGAAAAUUGAACAAUAUUAAACGUGAGGCCUACUUCAUGUUGUACACUUCCAACCAUUAAAUGAACUGUUAGAAAGUAAGUACUAAGGUUAUGUUCAUCUACUACAUAAAGUAUUCAGUAGGUUUUUAAUUUAACUCUACAGAUCAUAUCAGAAAUAAAUCCUUUACCUUUCUUAGUCUGUGUUUAAUGUUAAUUUCUCCUGUUGCAAUAUACAAUGAAGGGAUUCUGCAUUUAUAAGUGCAGAUGUAACUGGCAUAUCUCUUUUCCAAUACAAGCUGCAGCAGGUGUGCAGAGCUGAGCUUGUGCCUUGACAAUUGCUAUAACUGGCUACUACCGAUCAAACCCGUGACUGUGUGGAAUUGGCAUUAAAAGGCUUAGUUUUGAAAUCAUUGGAAAAAGAAAAGAUGUCUUUCAGGACUAUUUUAAUAAAUUCUUUCUAGUAAUAGAAACAGACAACUGUUAUGUAACUAUGAUGCUGAAUAAAACAAUGACCUUUUUUCACCAUGGUUCAGUGAAAAAGAAAACAAGUUUCUUACUUUGAUAAAUUAGAUAUUAAAUGGUUUGAUUAGACAUUGUUGUAGUACUGCAUAAUUUGAGGGUUGCAAGUACGGAAAGCUCUCCACAAGUGAACUGUAGUGAUGUUCUCCUCUCAAAUUCAAGGCAAUGCCAGAUGGCCUGGACACAUGGGACUGAAAUUUACAGGGGAGGGAUAGAUGCUGUCGUCUGGCUUUUGAUCUCAGAGGUGGCCCUUAGGGCCUGCCCUCUUGUAUGUCCACCUUGUUGUAUGUCCCAGAGGAGGAAAACACAAGAUACCCUGCCUCUCAGUGUAGUGGUUGACAACAGUGCCUGCUGAGCCCUUCAAGUUUGGAGCAACUCUUACUGUAGGUGGUAAGAACACUUGCCGAGUGCCUUAAGGUUAUUCACUACAAGCACGAACACAUCAUGAUACUGCUGUGUGGUAUGUACUGUGUUCACAGUCUAAUGUGUUAAGCUCUAUCCCUGUAACUCUUACACUAAUUCAGCUGUGGUUUGUGGUUGCACUCAGCUGACAGGUAUAUGUGAUUCAUGUUGGGGUUUUUUAUAUAGGUCUAAAAGCUGUGCAGACAGCAUAAAUGGAUAGCAAUACAAACUUCUCUUAACUCAGUUGUUGACAUUGUAAAUAUGCUCUUUCUGUUUUCCUUUAGCAUUAAGAUUAAAAUAAUACAUAAUGGCAUUGGCCUUCAAAAGCAUAAGUUGUUUUUCAAGGAAUCAUUUUCAGGUAAGAUAUAAGUACUUAAUAUUUGACUGAUUUGUUAUGUAAAUAUAUACUGCCUCCCCCCAGUUACCACUGUAUUGAAACCUUAUCUCCUUAGGGCUAGUGUAAGUGCACUAGUUGUUCAGCAGCACCAGUUGAUAAGGUUUAAAAUAAAUAAAUCUUGAAGUCUUA